CCCGAAAGGGUAAAUCCUCCCUAACACAUGUCAAGCGCCCACUUUCCCAUCCCCCUCCCUGAAAGUCGAUCAUCAACGUUCAUGUCUCUAGCACAUCCACACUCAACUCCAGCGACACCUUCUCGUAACACCUCCUCCACGACACUAUCAACUCUCCGUCAAGGCACUUCACCACUAGCCACCUCAGCGACAUCACCUAAUAACAUUCGGUCGUUUAGCGAUGCUGCGUUAGCUGCCAAUACGCGUAACAAGCGUAAUUCAGCACAUGGAGUUGGGGCGGGGACUGCGACUCCGGGGAGUUUACCUAGUCCUGCGUCUACGCCGCCUCAUCAUAUACCGCAUACACCUGGAGGGGUAGGGGGAGGGGGAGGGAAGACGCGUGCGAGGGAUUUGUUGAGAAAGCAUUAUGGAUUGGGUGUGGGGCCGCCGCCGCCUUUACAGGGGAAGGUUGCGGAUCCUAUGGAUCUUGACUCGACGGCCUUUAACGCGAAAGCGUAUUAUGAACAGCUCAUUACUACUUCCUCAUUGCCUAUGCUUAUACGACGCGAGAACGAGCUCUUGACAGAAAUCAGACAAUUGGAUAGUGAACGACAAUCUUUGGUGUAUAACCACCACCACGAGCUCAUCGCGGCCAGCGAUACCAUAGGCGCAAUGAAGGACCGUGCCGAGAAACUCGAUGCAGACAUGGACCUCCUCAAAGCGGCGUUUUCUGAAAUAUCUCGAUUAUCUACGGAGCUUGCCAUUGAGGAUUCUCGCGAGAGUGACGGCGGAAAGUGAUACAUACCUGGAACACUAUGGAGAUACCCCUACCAUUUAAUAUACCGAUGUUCUUUGGAUAUACUACAUUCUUAAUUCUUUUGCGCGAGGCUAUGUACUUGUUGUUCACACUGAAACAAAACACCAUUUCAUUAGGGAACAGAAUAAUAUCACGGUAGUCAUGGAAUGCGCGUAUAUCACCAUGCUAUGUCCGAAUUUGAAGGUGAUCGGCGGGAAUACGGCUUGGUCGUCGAACACGCACACG